AUGUUAGCUUUUGCUUAUUUUCUCAUUUUAAUCCUAUGUAAUUGUGGUAAUGUUCUUGUGAGUUCUUUGAACGAUGAAGGUUUUGCCCUUUUAUCAUUCAAGCAGUCAAUCAAAGAAGACCCUGAAGGGUCACUAAGUAACUGGAACUAUACUGAUGAAACCCCUUGUUCUUGGAAUGGCAUUGCGUGCAAAGAACAAAGAGUUAUUUCUGUUAGCAUUCCAAAUAAGAAACUCUCUGGUUUUCUUUCUUCUUCUCUUGGAUCUCUUUCUGAGCUUAGGCACGUGAAUUUAAGGAAUAAUAAAUUUUCUGGAAGCUUGCCUUCUGGGCUUUUCAAGGCUCAGGGGAUGCAAAGUUUGGUCCUUUAUGGAAAUUCUCUUUCUGGGUCCCUACCAUUUGAGAUUGGGAACCUUAAUUACCUUCAAACUUUGGAUUUGUCAGAGAAUUUCUUUAAUGGGUCUUUGCCGACAUCACUGAUUCAGUGUAGAAGGUUGAGAACUCUUGAUCUUAGUAAAAAUAAUUUUAGUGGUUCUUUGCCUUAUGGGUUCGGGAAAAACUUGGUUUUGCUGGAAAAACUUGAUCUUUCUUACAAUAAUUUUAGUAGUUCCAUUCCUAAUGACUUGGGAAAUUUGUCUAAUUUACAAGGGACUGUCGAUUUGUCUCAUAAUAUGUUUAAUGGUUCGAUUCCGUCUACUCUCGGUAACCUUCCUGAGAAGGUUUAUAUUGAUCUGACCCAUAACAAUUUAAGCGGUCCAAUUCCGCAAAAUGGUGCUCUAAUAAAUCGAGGACCAACAGCCUUUAUUGGAAAUCCAGGACUCUGUGGCCCUCCAUUGAAAAAUCUUUGUUCUUCUGAUAGUGAGGCUAGUUCGCCUUCUUCAUUUCCUUUCUUGCCUAACAAUAACCCUGCUCAAGGCGGUGAUAGUGUAGGAAAGGUUAUUGGUGGACGGGGGCUGAGUAAAACUGCUGUAAUUGCCAUUAUUGUGAGCGAUGUGAUUGGAAUUUGCGUUAUUGGUUUGCUUUUCUCGUACUGUUACUCGAGGGUUUGCUCUUGUGGUAAGAGGAAAGAUGAAAAUGGGUAUGGUUUUGAUCAGAAGAGAGGCAAAGGGGGGAAGGAAUGUUUAUGUUUCAGGAAAGAUGAAUCUGAGACUUUGUCAGAAAAUGUAGAACAGUACGAUCUAGUGGCGCUGGAUGCACAGGUGGCAUUUGAUCUUGAUGAACUUCUCAAGGCGUCGGCUUUCGUGCUUGGUAAGAGUGGCAUUGGAAUCGUUUACAAAGUUGUGCUCGAGGAUGGGCUUACCUUGGCUGUGAGAAGAUUGGGCGAAGGAGGUUCACAGAGGUUUAAGGAAUUCCAGACAGAAGUAGAAGCAAUUGGAAAGCUAAGACAUCCUAAUAUUGUGACUCUUAGAGCCUAUUAUUGGUCAGUGGAUGAGAAGCUGUUGAUAUACGAUUUCAUACCAAAUGGGAACCUUGCUACUGCAAUUCAUGGAAAGCCUGGAUUGGUAACUUUUAUGCCUCUUUCUUGGUCUAUGCGAGUGAACAUAAUGAAAGGAGUUGCCAAAGGCUUGGUUUAUCUGCACGAGUAUAGUCCCAAAAAGUAUGUCCACGGAGAUCUGAAGCCUUCUAAUAUACUGCUUGGACAUGAUAUGGACCCUAAAAUCUCUGAUUUUGGACUUGGGCGUCUCGCAAAUAUAGCUGGUGGAUCCCCAACCCUGCAAUCCAGUCGUAUGGUCUCCGAGAAACCACAACACAGACAACAAAGCAGUACACCUUCGGAAGUAGCAACAGUUGCCUCUGCUGCAGCUUUGGGGUCCAACUAUCAAGCUCCCGAGGUACUGAAAGUGGUGAAGCCAUCCCAAAAGUGGGAUGUCUACUCUUAUGGAGUGAUCUUGUUGGAAAUGAUUACUGGAAGAUCACCAUUAGUCCAAGUUGGGAACACGGAAAUAGAUCUCGUUCAUUGGAUGCAGCUAUGCAUCGAAGAGAAGAAGCCACUUUCUGAUGUGUUAGAUCCACACUUGGCUCAGGAUGCCGAGAAAGAAGAGGAAAUGAUUGCUGUUCUAAAGAUUGCGAUGGCAUGCACGCAGAGCAGCCCCGAAAGGAGGCCUACAAUGAGGCACAUCUAUGACGCAUUGGAAAGAUUGCCUGUUUCAUCCGAUUAG